AUGGUCGUCGAUACCGCCUAUUAUGACACCCUGGGCGUCCAGCCCACGGCCACCGAGCUGGAGAUUAAAAAGGCUUAUCGCAAGAUGGCUAUUGUCCACCACCCAGAUAAGAAUCCCAAUGACCCCACCGCACACGAAAAGUUCCAGGCCAUCGGUGAGGCCUACCAGGUCCUCUCCGAUUCCAACCUACGCGCAGCAUACGACAAGUUCGGAAAGGAUUCUGCGAGACCGCAGGAAGGCUUUGCUGAUCCUGCUGAGUUCUUCAGCUCCAUCUUCGGAGGAGAGGCCUUCGUUGACUGGAUCGGUGAGAUUAGCCUCAUGAAGGACCUCACAGCGACCAUGGAUAUCACGAUGCAGGAGGAGGAGGAAGCCGCCGCCGCCGAAGCCGCUGCUGCGCAAGCCGCUGAGGAAGAGUUCCCUGGCACCGAAAGCGCCAGAAAAGAAAGCCUCAAGGAGCAGGAGGCAAAGGCAGAAGAGAAGACUGCCGCCGCCGCAGAGCAGCAAGCCGGCGCACCACCCCCACCCUACGCCGCUGCCGCCGUUCACGAAGAGAAAGAGACCAAGCCUGCUUCCCCCGUUCCUGCACCUGCUGCCGGCCUCUCUGCCGAUGCUCCCCAGCGAGCCGAUGCCACAUCGCCCGCUCCCUCGUCGAGUUCUCGCAACCGAACCCAGAUUCCCCUUCGACCUGCACUGAUGGAUAAGUCGCAUGAGGAUCUUCUCGAUGCACAGGCGAACAAGGGCGAGCUAACAGAAGAGGAGCUCAAGCAGAAGGAGAAGAAGAAGGGUGGUAUGACCAAGGAGCAGCGGGAGCAGCUGGUCGCUCUCGACAAGGAGCGUGCCAGAAUUCGCCAGGAGCGUGUUGAUACCCUCGUCCGAAAGCUUCUCGACCGACUCAGCGUGUGGACCGAGACAGACAAGGGUGCUGAUGUUACCAAAGCCUUCCAGGAGAAGAUGCGACUUGAGGUUGAGAAUCUCAAGAUGGAGUCAUUCGGUAUUGAUAUUUUGCACGCCAUUGGCCAAACCUACGUUUCCAAGGCGUCAAGCCUGCUCCGCAGUCAAAAGUUCUUUGGUAUUGGUGGCUUCUUCAGCCGACUUCGCGACAAGGGCACCCUCGUUAAGGAAACAUGGAACACCAUCAGCAGUGCCAUCGACGCUCAGCAGACUAUGGAGGACAUGGCCAAGAUGGAGGAGAAGGGUGGCGAGGACUGGACUGACGAGAAGCGUGCUGAGUACGAGAGACGUGUGACAGGCAAGAUCCUUACUGCCGCAUGGAGGGGGAGCAAGUUCGAGAUCCAGAGUGUUCUGCGCGAGGUUUGCGACAGCAUCCUCUACGACAAGAAGGUCCACCUUAACAAGCGACUCGAGCGCGCACAGGCCCUGGUUCUCAUUGGUGAUGUCUUUAUCAGGUCUGAGCGAUCUCCUGAAGAGGAGGGCGAUUAUCUCGUUUUCGAGCAGCUCGUCGCUGAGGCUGCCAUAAAGAAGGACAAGGAGGAAGACGACAAGAAGAAGAAGAAGGAUCGCAAGUCCUUCGUGCAUGGCAGAGACAAGGAGUCCAAAGACAAGGAACCUGCCGUCUCAACACCUUAA